AUGCAAAUGGCAGCUAUCCCAUUACUCGAGUUUGACAGGGUCAAGAAAGAUAAGCUGGCUCUCCAGAAACAUUUCAGGAUGAAGAGAGAUCACGUCUUGGAGCAAUUGGAACAAAUGUGUCUCAAAGACAAGAUCCCGCCAAAAUGGACCACUGCUACCCAAAAGACCGUCAAUGGGCCUUUGGGUAAAGACUGGCGUGGUGGCUGUGGUGCAUCUGCCACCAUCAUUCCCUCAAGCACCAGAGCUGCCAAGGCUGUCGGCAAAGUCAUCCCUGCUCUCAAUGGCAAGGUUCUUCUUGAUCAGCAGCUAAUCUCAUGGCCGUUUGUCAGCAACAGUCAUUCCAGCAUCUUUGAUGCCAAGGCUGGUAUCAGCCUGAACCCCAACUUUGUCAAACUUGUCAGCUGGUAUGACAACGAGUGGGGGUACUCUUGCCGGGUCUUUGAUCUCAUAUGUGAAAUGGCCAAGCAAGAUGCUUAA